CGUGAUUCCCUAUUUCAUAUUAUUGUCGUAAACGUAAAACUUUCGAAGCUUUCGAAAGUUGGCCGUAGAGCCUCUCAGCCUCUUCAUCCUCUCCUCAAUCUGUAACCUACGAACACAUCUUGCAUCUAUGAGUCGUCUCAACUAACUACAUACAUUCAUUUCCAACCCUUACCCCUCAGGGUUUCCUACGAUAUACCACCUAACUCCUUCAAUUCCUCGUUCCCGAUUUGCCGCAUGCCUCUAAGAUCAUCUUAGUUCUUUCGUCCUAGGUUACCUGAGGAGUAAUCUUGCAAAUUUCUGACUCCCACACCUCACCACCAAAAUCGUGUCAAUAUGGCGAGUCGCAAGGUGCUGUCCUUCAAGAGGGCUGUAGUCUUCGCAGUAUUCUUCCUGAUAGCAUUUAUACUACUCCGACGAUCCCACACCAACGCUAGCGAUCCCGAACCUUUUCGCAAACCUCCGCCGAAGCCUGCAGCCGCAAACGAUCAACAUGCCGGAGCGAAGCAUGAUCCUUCUACUACCUCCUACACCCCGGAGACCGAUACUGUCUUGAAAGACAAGCCAGUUCCCGCACAGAAGGCUAUUCAAGAUAUAUCUAAAAUGUCCUUGUAUGAUAAGCUAGCAUACCAAUAUCCGUACGAUGUCGAGUCCAAGUUCCCGGCCUACAUUUGGCAGACGUGGAAAUGGACGCCUGCGAAUGGCGAAUUUACAUUUCGGGACGAGGAAGCUUCUUGGACGAUGCAGCACCCGGGAUUUGUCCACGAAGUUAUCACCGAUCAAGUUGCCGUCCACCUGAUCAGACUGCUCUAUGCCCCUAUUCCUGAGGUUCUCGAGGCGUACAAUGCGUUACCUAAGCCCGUGCUAAAAGCUGACUUCUUCCGCUAUCUCAUCCUGCUCGCUCGUGGUGGAAUAUACUCUGACAUUGAUACGUUUGCUAUAAAGAGUGCUUUGGAAUGGAUUCCAGAUUCCGUACCCAAGGAGAGCAUUGGUCUGGUUAUUGGUAUCGAGGCGGAUCCCGACCGACCGGACUGGAAGGAUUGGUAUAGUCGACGGAUACAGUUCUGCCAGUGGACCAUUCAAUCGAAGCCGGGUCACCCCGUUCUGCGCGACAUCGUCUCACGUAUCACGCAAGAAACUUUGAAGCGAAAGCGCGAGGGUCUGUUCUUGUCAAAAGAGAAGAGCGUAGUAGAGUUUACCGGCCCCGCCGUUUGGACCGAUACAAUAUUCGACUACUUCAACGACCCGCGUUAUUUCGAUAUGAGAACCAGCCAGGGCAACAUUUCGUACUUGAACUUCACAGGAAUAGAUAGCCCGAAGAAAGUUGGCGAUGUUGUCGUGCUCCCUAUAACGAGCUUUUCGCCCGGUGUCCAACAGAUGGGGGCGAAGGACUACGAUGAUCCUAUGGCAUUCGUUAAGCAUGAUUUCGAAGGCACGUGGAAGCCCGAGAACGAACGGCAUAUAGGUGGGUCGGGUAACUAGAGGCUAUUUAUGGCGCCUCUUAUGCCCUAAAUCACCCUCGGACUAUCGCCCUGUGAUCCUUUGAGGAAUUGGCUUUCAAUCAAAGAAAAGCCAGCUCUGCCAAUCGUUGGAAAUCAUCGACUUACUAUUCCGAUAUUACGGACUCGGCGAUCGUACACAAAGUUUGUAAAACUAUUCAUCACGAAGUUAACGACCUCUCAUGGGACUACAUAUACCGGAUUUUCAUGGGGAUGCUGCAUGGAACUGGUUACUGAGUCAAUCUUCUGGCUUGUAUUGCAAAAAUUCAUGUCGGGAUUGACUUGAACGAAGAUCUAUUUGUUUCCUAGCACGCUAUCCCCCAGUUUGUACGAAUAGUCCUCCUAUUAUUUUGUUUCCGAGGAUAGGAAUCGGCGCCUGGUGCGGACAUUCUUGGGAGGGCAUACGCACAAGAGAUAUAGAACGCUCACGGCUGUGUUUGGCGCAACGAAGAAAAAGAGGCAUUCGGGAUAGACCGUCCGCCGAGGAGGGACCAAUUGCAUAUACC